CGUGCCGUGCCAGAGCAGUUGUGGUUUGAUAAUUUUCGAGUGGACACGAUUGCAAGGAGCAAUAGAAUAGCAGAGCAUAACAGCACAGAAUAUACCGAGUCAUGCAGUUGGAGCACUUGAAAGUCAUCAGUAGUCAGCUCUCCGGACUGAUACUGUUGCUUCUGGUGAUCGAUGUGAAUAGCGUAUUGCGCCUGUGCGGCGACGAAUUACCCACAACACUUGAAAGCAUUUGUCACAUGGGUCAAUUUAAGGGAUUCAAUUCGAAAUUGAAGCGUGCCAUGGAUGAAGAGAAUGGCUUUGAUGUGGAAACUAAUGCUCUUGCUGUCUACGAUGAUGCAUCACCAUCACAGAGAGAUCUUCAGCUAGACAUUGAAGACCAUUCCAUGUUGCACAGAAUGUUUGGUUUGAGUGAGAGUGGGCAACGAUUGGUAAGUACCAGACGACGACGAUUUGGCAUCUACGAUGAGUGUUGUCUCAAGGCGUGUACCUAUGGAGAAUUGAUAAGCUAUUGUCGCAUUUAAGCAAAAAACAAUAAACAAAAAAAAAAAAAAAACUAAGAACAAAUGCAUUAAUUAACCUUUAAUAAUUCAAUACCCCAAUUCAA